CUGACCAGCAAUGGCGUCGAACAGGCUCCUGGGCGCUGCUUGUUCAGCUGCGGGCGAAGCCGUUGAGAGGGCAACGCUCGCCGUGAGCAAGUUCGUCCAAGAAGUCCGCGAGUGCCGGUGCGAAUGCGAUGCCAUCGCUACUGAAUUGCACUCUCUGCAUAGCGUGCUGGACCUGCUUGAAUCCGAUGCCACGCUCGUUCCAGCCUCGUUCGCGGCGCACACGGCCGGUGUGCUCGACACUUGCCUCGCCCUCAUCAACGAGCUUGAGGGCUGCGUCUUGGUUCUGAACCGGCCAGGGGUGCCCAGGGCAGACAAGAAGUCGCGUUGGCUAGCGAGCCGCGACCACAUUGACAAGCUGCGGCGGACGCUAGGGGAGUAUAAGCUGGUACUCGGCCUGGCGGUGGACCUGGUCGGGAUCAUCAAAACCCACACGAGCGACAGGAACCAGCAGGACACAUCCAUUUACAGCCUAGAUCCGACUGCCGAUGGCAUGAACCAACAGAGCGAAUUAGCCGCAGUUGCCGACCGGGUUAUCGACGCAACACACCGUUUGCAGCCGGACUUGCAUCAGAACGCGGCGCUGCUCAGGCUCGGGCGAUACCUCCUUGUCUUACAGGCGCAAACCGCUUCAGCACGAGAAGGCAUGGGCUUCGGUCUCCGAGCUCACCGCCGCGAUGCGUCCUCCUCGGCAGGCGGAGCCCCCGACAGCGCCAUCGACAUGAGCUACGAAGAUGCCGAUGCAGUGUCACACUAUGCCGGGGAGCAAACGACGACGGCGUCACCUACUGAUGUUUCUUCUGAGCCUUAUGAAGAGGAGCUCGACGAUUUUGUCGGCGAGAGAUGCAAAUUGUUGGCCCCAGCGUCGUCGUCGCCGCCGUCGCCUCCGCCUCCGCCUCCACGUCCACCUCCCAGGUCUGCGUCCAGGCUCAGUUCCGCGACUGCAAGGCGCCCCGCGGUACCACGGCUUCACACCUCGAACAGCUUCAUUGCCGGCACCCCACCCAGCCCGAGCGUCAUGAGUUCUCCCACUGCUCCCACAGCUACACUCGCCUAUCCAUCGCGAAAUUCGUACUAUACGCCUGUGACCGCGCUCCCAGAGCAAACGGAGCCAGAUCCGCGGCAGCCUGCAGCGCGUGUGCGUAGUCGCAGAAGCAGCAUCUUCGGUCACGUUCUCCACACCGUUCGGGAGCGGCCACGCGCCGACGUGCCGUCCGCAGUCCGUCCAACAACCUCGGAUGGCGAUUCCCAAACGCCCUAUACCUCACAACGCCCCUCCGGGUUUCUGCGGCGUGGCAGCUCCAGGCUCGCCAACGCCGUCCGCAGUCUCGCCAUGCGACGACCAGCACCAGCUCCAAACAUUGCUGAGGACCAGCUGGAGCCAGACUCAAAUGCUGUCUUCGGCGUAUCAUUGACCCGGAGCAUGCAGGUGGCCAAGGGCAUCGCGAGCACCGCCCACAGCAGCGGCAGGCGGUCGGAGCGAGUUACUCGCGAGUACCCGCUUUGCGUGCUCCGGUGUGUGUGCCACAUUCUCGACUGCGGCCUCGACGCCCCUCACAUCUUCGGGCUCGAUGGCGACCAGGUGCGGGUUGCGCAGCUCAUCGAGGUGUUUAGUUCGGCCGAGACGGGCUACGGCAAGGAGCUGGACUGGUCGCACUUCACCGUCUACGACGCCGCCGAUGUUAUUCUUCUGUUCCUGUCGGAACUGCCUAAGCCCCUCAUCCCCGAGCCCGUCGGCAAGCGGUGGAUAGCCCUCUCCCGCCAGGCCACCGCCGGCCUCGCGCGCCUGGACCAGGGCCUCGACUUUUGGGAGGAAGCGUUGACGGGCAUGCACGGUCCCGGGCGCGCUCUGUUCAAGCUGCUGCUCAACCUCUGGGGCGAUAUCGCUGACGCUGCCGACGCCAACGAGAUGACGGCUGAGCGACUUGCUGGCCGCCUCAUCCGUCCGCUGAUGCACGCGUUGGCCGCACAUGAUCAUCUUGAUUUCAUGCUGGGGCUUGCCUUCCUGAUUCGCAAGCGCUCCGAGUACAACCUGGCUGCCCGGGGCGUGAUGCGGAAGAGCAACGCGGCGUUUUAGUCCGUCUAAGAUUGUCCUAAUGUCAGAAUAAUGGGUCAGGUUUGCAGCAUUACCGGGGAAAUGGCCUAAGAGGGUGAUGUUUUACUUUAUAGGCGGCUCUUCAUCCUUAUGUCCAUGCUUAGUCUGUUCACGUUGGUACUGAUACCCAAGGCAUGAUGAUGAAUGAUCAGUAUCCAACAUUGCUUACGUUCUAUGUGAACAAGUACUUGGCUCUAAUACCGAAUCCAAUGUGACA